GAAAGCGACGAAGAAGGCGAAGAGGCGGCGGUAUAAAGCCAAGUGAUUACUGUGUGAUAAACAAGCUCCCUGCUAAAUGCAGGAUUCCUGUUUGGACAGCCUUUAAUUUAAUAUCACAAGCCACAGUUCAUCGACAGCACUCUUCACUGAGCUCUUUUCCUCGUCAUCCCUUCUUUUUUGCUGGUCUUUUGAACACUUGCUGGCUGAGCCCAAGUGAGGAAUCCAUGGAUGUUAUCCAGUGUUUAAGGUCUCUGCUGGACCUCCAUGUUCAGCUCCAGAAAGCUGUAGCUCUUCAGGGAGAGAUCCAGGCGCAGUUUCUUUCUCAGCUUUUACAACUAGACAGUGCUAGCGUGCAGCAGCUGCCUGCACCAUGUCUGGAUCUGAGGGGAGAUGACCUGGAGCUUUCUCUGUCUGUGUUUGAAAGGGCUCUGGACAGCAGCAAAUUACCAAAGGAGCAGUGGGGGUCACGCCUAGCGCAGCUCCUCUGUAUAAAGACAUUACAUGAAGAGGGUCAUGAACCAUCCAGCCAGCUCAAUUAUGAAGCCCUGAAAGCAGAUGUGAGGAGGCAAGCAUGGGCCUUGGAGCUUCAGAGGUGGAGGGACUUUAAUGAGGUCCAGUAUGAACCCCACAGGGGGGUGCGGGAGCUAAAGCUAGGGGUAGAGGCGACGACCAGGAAGUGGCUUCAGCCUGAAAGGUGUAGCUCUGAGGAGGUGGUGAGAAGAGUGACCCUGCAGAAAUUCCUUUCUCUCCUUCCACCAGGUGUUGGAGAGAAGACAAGGAAACAACAGCCACAGAACAUAGAAGAGGCUGUGAUCAUGGCUGCAUGCUUCAUGGAGGAUAACAGGGUUGAUCAGGAGCCAGAGAGAGACAGACAGGGCUGUGAUGCACAGACAGGGACUGGUUAUGGAUACUCUGGAGAGCAUCAAAUGAACUUGAAUGAGCUGUGUCUGAAGAGGCGCGAUUCAGAAACCAUCUUCCAGCCUGAUGGCCUCAGCCUGGAGGUCAGUGGUGGGAAUGAGCAUUUUGAAGAGGAAGAAUUUUCUGAAGUUGUGUUUAGCCCAUCACUGGUUGACUCAAAGCCUGUCCUGAAUCCUGAAGAGGUGCAACCAAUUAUGAGUGACUCCGCUCAAGUUUCACUCCCUGGUACCUGCUAUAGUGGCAAAUCAGCUUCUCCUUCACUCAGGUCAGCCUAUAAGAACUGUGACAGAGCCGCCCAGCCAGACAAGCCAGAAGUACCGAAAUGUGUUUUUGAGUGUCCUGAAUGUGGUAGCAAGUUUAAGAGGUAUGACUACCUGCAGAGACACAGAUGCACUCCUGGGCAAAGCCUUGGCUGUAAGCACUGUGAUCUCCGCUUCCCCACUCUCACCCAGUUGACCAACCACCUCCGAGUCCACCGGAAAAUGCUUCGCUGUCCUGUGUGCAGCAAAACCUUCCGCGACCGCUUCAACCUCCGCUGCCACCAGCGAACACACACAGGUGAGCGUCCCCAUAUAUGCACUGACUGCGGCUCAGCGUUUGCUCAGGAGAGGGGUUUACAGGAGCACCGCAACAUCCACACCGGAGAGAGACCCUUCCAGUGCCCCGUGUGCAGGAAAGGCUUCCGCCACAGCCGCACGCUCUCCAAACACGUGGUUCUCCAUUCAGAAGCCAGGCCUUUCAAAUGCUCCGACUGUGGCAGAACUUUUAAGAUUAAAGAUAACUUGAAUCAGCAUCAGAAGAAAAUACACCACAGAAAACGGUUCUGAUCACACAUUAUAACUAAAACACACAUAUAAACACACACUACUGGUAUGUGCCAUGCAAAUAAUGGACUACAAUGGCAAAAUGUGCAUUGCAGAAUUUUAGUGACAUUUCUGACCUGUUUCAGAUUUUGGCACACAAAUAUGCUCAGAGGCAGUGAAAAUUUACUGUUUUGUUUUGAAUGUGCUGUUAAAUUCAGUGUAAAGAGGUUAAUAAUAAUAAUAGAUUGUGUUGUUAUUUGGUAAUGGUGAUAGUGGUGAUGACAGGUUUCUAAAAUAUUGAAUAAAAUUUAUAACACAAAACUUUUAUCUAGAAUGUUUCUGAUGUUACACUCCAUUUCUCUCAGCUCAAAAU